AUACUUGCAAUAUAUACACACACAAUAAUAAGGUAUGAAUGUAGAAGCGUCAAGAAAAGAAAGAAACCCCUUAUAAAUCUAUUGCUUUUGGAUCCUAAAAAUCACUUUUUUGAACGAUUUCUUCAUUGCCCAUCUCGAGAUUUCUCAUUUUCCAGCUGGGUUUUUAUUGGUUUCAUCAUUUUUUUUCCGUUUUCAAGUUUAUUUAUGUGCUGUGAAGUUGUGGAUCAAUAUUUUAGAGUGUUCAAUUUCAAGAAUUGAGGUUAUUCCUGCGACAUGCUAAUUGACUAAUUUUGGGGCGAUUAAGUGGUGAAUUGGAUUGAUGUGCAAUGCAAAGGUCACGGAAAGCUCUUCUGGAAAGAAGAGCUUUAAAGCAGUCCUUCUAUGGAAGGAAACAAUUCUAUAAAGUUUCUCUUUCUCUGGCUGUUGUUCUAUGGGUGUUUCUCUUCCUUUUAAACUUGUGGAUUGGCCAUGGUGAUGGUUAUAAAGAUGGGUCUGAAGUGAUACAUGCUGGUGCAAAUACUUGGGAUGAAGAUGAUCUAGGAGUAAAUAAAGGGUCAUUUUAUGCUGCUUCUGUAGAAGAUAAGCCUGUGGUGCAACCUGAUUCUGGUCAAAAUGAUGAUACAUGUGCAACUGGGAGAGAACCAGCAGGCCCUGAUUUUGAAUUACAGGUUAUUAGUGAGAGUAGCAUGAAUUCUCUCACAGGUGCAGAACAGAAAGCUGAAGUAGAAAGUCUUAAUCUGGACGCGGAACCUGAACCAGAAGCUCUAAAAACUGUAUUGGAAAAUGUUGAACUGGAAGAAGCCAAUAAGCCCAAAACAGAAAGGUUGUCACAUGCUCCUGAACCAGAAGCUCUAAGAACUGUAUUGGAAAAUGUUGAACCGGAAGAAGCUAAUAAGCCCAAAACAGAAAGGUUGUCACAUGCUGUUCCUCCGGGUCUUGAUGAGUUCAAACAAAAAGCACUCAACUCUAAAAGUAAAACAGUAAAUGAUCAGGCAGGGGGCAUCAAACACAGGGUUGAGCCAGGUGGGACAGACUAUAAUUAUGCUUCUGCUUCAAAGGGAGCAAAAGUUCUGGCCUACAACAAGGAAGCCAAAGGUGCCUCCAACAUCCUAGGACGAGACAAGGACAAAUACCUUCGAAAUCCAUGUUCUGCUGAGGAGAAAUUUGUUGUUAUAGAACUUUCAGAAGAAACCCUGGUGGAUACAAUUCAAAUAGCAAAUUUUGAACAUUAUUCUUCUAAUCUUAAGGAAUUUGAGUUGAGUAGCAGUUUGGUUUAUCCUACAGAUACAUGGGGCAAACUUGGGAAUUUUACUGCUGCAAAUGCAAAGCAUGUUCAAAGGUUUGUUCUUCAGGAGCCAAAAUGGGUAAGGUAUCUCAAGUUAAACCUUUUGAGUCAUUACGGAUCCGGAUUUUAUUGUACACUGAGUGUUGUAGAAGUCUAUGGAGUGGAUGCUGUGGAGAAGAUGCUUGAAGACUUGGUCUCGGUUUCAGCUGAUAAAGUCAGUAGUGAACAGAAAUCAGUGCCCACCAAACAAGUGGUCACCGAGGGUGACCAAUAUCAUGAUAUAGCAGAAGAGGUGGAAUCUAAACAGCCACUUGAAAAUUCAGAUGUCAAACAAGAAGGUGCAUUGAUGGAUAAACCUGACCCUACAGAAGAUACUCGGCAUCAACAGGUUAGCAGGAUGCCAGGAGACAGUGUUCUGAAGAUACUUAUGCAAAAAGUUAGGUCUCUUGAUGUCAAUUUGUCAGUGUUGGAGAGAUUUCUGGAGGAAUUAACUUCGAGAUACGGGAACAUCUUAAAAGAUAUUGAUAAGGAAAUCGGAGAAAAAGAUGUUCUUAUGGAGAAAGUAAGAGCAGAUAUAAGGAGUUUGUUUGACCACAAGGAGUCCAUGACGAAAGAGGUUGAAGACCUAGUAUCUUGGAAAUCAUUUGUUUCCAUACAGCUGGAAGAUAUGGUGAAGGGAAAUGCUAUGCUCAGAUUGGAGGUUGAAAAGGUUCGGCAGCGACAGAUACAUAUGGAGAAUAAAGGAAUAGUUGUCUUUCUUGUGUGCAUAGUUUUUGGGGUUUUAGCUAUUUCAAGGCUAUUCAUAGAUGUGUUAUUAAGUUUUUACAGGUCACAACCCAGGAAAUUUUGUUCGGAGAGGUCUUCCUGGUUUUUUGUACUAUUAUGUUCUUGUACUAUAAUUAUAAUCAUUUCAUUAUAAUAAAUUUAUACACAAGCAUCAAAUAUAAUCACAAAAAAGUAGUCAUAUAAUUGACCAAAGUUGUAUUAGUUA